AUCACACACCACUCUCUCUGCACUCUCGUCUUUGCAAAAUUCAGAAGAAAAAGAAAACACUACCAAAAUCUCACUCUGUAGCACUGUGAAGGAAGUUGGAAGAGAUCUAAGAUCUUUAAAUCAAUGGAAUGUGAACCUGAAAGAAUUGAUGAGGAUCCCGAAGUUAUGGAAAGUUCUACUAGUAAGGAAUCAGUUAGUUGUCAAGGAGAUGUUGUUUGUGAACCACACUUAGGUAUGGAAUUUGAUUCCGAAGAAGCUGCAAAAGUCUAUUAUGAUGCAUAUGCCACACACAUGGGCUUUGUCAUGCGUGUUGAUCGCAGGUCACUGCGUGAUGGAAAGACAUAUUGCCGUCGACUUGUUUGUAACAAAGAAGGUUUUUACAAAGGUAAUCCUAGUAAGAACGAAAAUACGAAGCCUAGAACACUUACACGCGAAGGGUGUAAGGCAAUGAUCAUGGUAAAGGAGGAUAAAUCAGGUAGAUGGGUUGUUUCGAGAUUUGUUAAAGAGCAUAAUCAUCCCUUGGUCAUUUCUUCUUCCCCCUUCCGUCGUAGCUGGCUUCAAACACAAAACCCUCAUCCGUGUCGACUGUUCGUCCUGCAUCCUCUCCCACUUUCAGUUGCAUCUUUUUAGCUCUCUGUUGCUUGUUUACCACGUAAGUAAUAGGUCUACAUAAUUACGUCUAAUGUGCACUUAAGUAGGUGAUUGUUCCACUGCUAUUUUAGUUUUGUGAUUCUUAAUCAUGAACCACCACCUUUAUAAAUUCGGAACCGUGAAUAUGAGAUCAUUAUCACCUGAUUGUUGAAGCCCUCCGCGUAUGGUGGAGUUCUUGAGACGAUGACUGUUGAAGCCCUCCGCGUCUCUCUAGAAACUAUGGCAUUGCUAAGUUCUGAAAAACAUUUAACAGGUGCUUUCAGUAUGUCAGUGCUGUUAUUAUAGUAAUAGGGAUCAUUUGUAAGUAUCCUUCUGUGUUCUUGCUGAAGUAUAAUGAAUAUUCAUUGCCUGGACCAGAACAUUGACGUAAAUCCUAGUACCAUGAAAAAUAGUGUAUGGCUCGAAGUGUUUUAUCUGAACAUUGGUUUAUAGAUUUCUUCUUCAGUUUCUAUGUCAAUAUUUCUUUGGUUUGAAGUGUGUGAAAGAGGAACUGAGUUAAUCUCAAAGUAAACUAGUUAACCAAUUGUGAGUUGUACAGAAGAAAACCCUGCAGAAAACUAGUAUCCUGUAAAUAUUACUGACAGUAUAUACUAGUGAUGAACACCAUUUGGCAACAUUUUUGUAAUACUA